AUGCCCAAUUGCGCUUUUUACAAUUGUUUUCACAGUAGGCGGUACAAAAACGUGAGUUUGUUUCAAAUUCCAGUUCCUCGUAAUUCAGACAGCGAAUUUACUUUUCAUCGUAAGGAAGAAGCACGAAACGGUUGGAUUAACGCGAUAUUACGAACGAGACAGUUGGAUGCAAACUUGAAGACACAGAUCGAAAACAACAACAUACAUAUUUGUGAGAGUCAUUUUAAAGAGGAGUACAUUGAAAACUUUUCCAAAAGGAAGUCCCUCCAAACUGGUUCAAUUCCAACAGAAAGUCUCCCCGUCAAAAGCUUCGAUCAUCUUAGCACAAGCUUCACUAGUGCGCCGAGAAAAGAACCAGCUCCAAGGCAUGUUUCUCAAGAAACUACAAUUAUAUAUGCCUCUCUUGAUAAGUUCGAUGCAUAUUUGAAAAAAGCUGGAAGGUACCCAUAUUUUCAAGGUUGGAAUUGGUUCAAAGAAGGAAAUAACACUGUUAUUGAGUUUAAAGAAAGUGAGUACUUGAUUGCAAAGUUUUCUGUACGUGUCGAAUCUACUCUUAAUUAUAUUGUUCUUGUUUAUGGCUGGGCAUUGCCCAAUGAUCAUCCCAUAUACGUUUCAAACGAGCGUUCUUUGCAGUGCUGUAAUUUUAAGACGCUUUGUAACGAAAUUGUAUCUCUGGGUAUUUGCAAAGAACUCUAUUUUCCCUGAAGUCAAGCAAAUCAGUGAAAACACAACUUGUUCCCCUGUUACCAAAUGACUCUUCCCCACAAUAUCGUACAGUUGAAUACUGUCGUGCGCUUUCAUGUCGUGUUCUGGUUUCAUCCAUACUAAGUGACAGUAAACAAUUGCAAUGCGAAUCGUGCAGUCGAGAAUCAAACAGCAAUGUAGGUAACUUCAAUGUGGCUUCUAUUAAGUGUAAAACACCACUGUCAUGCCUUUCCAAAGAACAACUAAUUGCAACUGUAAAAGACACAAGGGUGAAUUUGAAAGAAGCCAAGCUGAAGUGUGCACAACUCGAAAGGAGAGUACAACGAAUGGAGAAUGAGAUCAAACAUCAUGGUAUUAGAAUAGAAACUGGUUUGGAGAAAGAACUUACAAGUAUCAUCACUAACACAUCAUUAGAAGCAACUCCACACAUGAAACUUGUAUGGGAGCAAAAGAAGAAAGCACUGAAUCAACAAUCAAACUUUGGUAACAGGUGGCAUCCACAUUUUAUACGGUUCUGUUUGUCUAUUUAUUCAAAGUCGCCUAUUGUUUACCAAGAAUUGAGAGAUUCUGGAACAAUGCAGUUACCUAGUUCCAGAACUUGGAGAUCCUACAGAAACAACUUUAAACCAGGAGCAGGGUACUUGCCUGAGAACAUCAAGUCAUUGAUUUCCAGAACAAAGGGUUUCCUGGAUAAAGACAGGUGGAUUGUUGUCAUGUUUGAUGAGAUGAAGAUUAAAUGUAAUUUAGUGUUUGAUAAACAUUCUGGACGCCUGAUUGGAUUUGUGGAUCUCGGUGAUCCAGAUAUCAACUAUUCAACAUUUGAUAAAAUUGAACCAGCUACCCAUGUACUUGCUUUCUAUGUCAGGGGAAUAACCACUAAAUUGCAGUUUAUGCUUGGUUACUUUUUCACCCGAGAUGUGGUCUCCUAUCAAUUAAUGCCACUUUUUUGGCGUGGUGUUGCUAUAUUACAACUUAAAGCAAACUUGAAUGUUAUUGCUGCAGUCAGUGAUGGGGCUUCACCAAACCGCAAAUUUUAUCAACUCCACAUUUAUAUUGGUGAAAAACUUAACAACCAGAAAGUUGUGUAUAAAACAAAAAACCUCUUUGCCCCAGGAAAGUGGAUUUGUUUUUUUGCUGAUGCUCCACAUCUAUUAAAAACGGGUAGAAACUGCUUGCUUAAUUCUGGUUCUG